UGCACACGGCACGCGACGGACUUUCACGUGACCGAGCAGACGACAAACUGAAGACGAAAUAACACAGUUGUUUGAGCAGGUAACGCGAAGAAAAUGCAGUAUGUGACCUGGGUAAAAGUGUUCACUCUAUUUCUGCUGCAUCUAACAUGUGCAUAUGCACAAGAAGGUUACUUCUGGCACAUCACAGACCUCCAUUACGACACAACGUACUGGUCUGAAAUGCGAUCCUGCAGUGACCAAGUUCCUGUGCGGGGCAUCUAUGGCGACUACUGGUGUGACGCCCCCUGGCGGCUCGUAAACGACAGCAUCAACGCCAUGGUCAACAUCAAUCGAAACGUCGACUUCAUCCUGUGGACUGGAGAUAACGUGGGCCACAUAGAGGACGAAUACUCCAGUGAGACGUACGUCAUGGACAUCCUCAGAAAUAUCACUAAUGCCUUGAAGACGGCGUUCCCGGGGGUCAAGGUGUACGCCACGAUGGGGAACAACGACUGGUUCCCUUCCGACCAGCUCCCUGACACAUCACACUUCCUGUACAACGCCACUGCCGACCUCUGGGAAGACUGGAUUGGUGACCAAAAUCAAGUUGAAAAUUUCCGUAAAGGCGCCUACUAUACUGUGAAGACAACCCAAGGACUGAGGAUCAUAGGACUGAACACAAACCUGUACUACACCUCGGACAAACUGACCGCUGAUAUGACCGACCCUACUGGUCAGUUCGCCUGGCUUGAGGAGGUCCUCAGGAACGCCAAGACAGCUGGAGACAAGGUGUUGAUGACCGCCCACGUCCCUCCAGGCAUCCAUGUUCCUGGGAAGGUCAAGCGUUUUUACACCCAUUACAAUACCCGCUUUCUCGAUAUCAGCCGUACAUUCUCCGACAUCAUCGUGGGCAUGUUCUUCGGUCACGACCACUACGACGGAUUCAAACUCUUGCAGAAGAAUGGUGGGAGUCCAGGUGUGCCUAUGUUCAUGGCUCCAUCAAUCACCCCCUGGCGUUACAAAAUUCCAGAAAAAUCCGGGGAUCCUCACAACCCAGCCAUUAGACUUGUCAAGUACAACCAGCAAACCGGAGUCCCACUUGACAUCCACCAGUAUUACAUGAACCUGACGGACAGCAACAGAAACAAUGCAUCAGACUGGAAAAUUGAAUACAAAGCCAGCGAGGAGUAUGGACAGACUGAUCUCUCGGCAGUCUCCGUUGAUAAUAUUAUAAAGGCAUUCAAGACUGACAAGUCCCUUCUGGAUAAGUAUAUCAGAUACAACACCGUCCUUGCUAAUGGAGACACUACAGUGAAUGCCUGUGACGAGAAGUGUCGAGCUGAAUAUAACUGUGGUUUCAUAAUGAUGAACGAGAUUUCGUUCGACUCUUGCUACAAAGCACAAGUUGGAGGUUCGGCAAGGCUGUGUUCUUCGUCCCUUUUCAUUGCCAUGUUUGCCACCAUGUAUUAUGUACUUAUUUAGAGAGAAAUAUCUGUUUCGGAUCGAUUUCUGUAUACAACAAUUUGAACAUCUGUUGUAUUUUUGUACUGUUUGUAUUUUUGGACCGAAUUUAAUUAUUUUCUUGAUGUAUUUGCAAUUCAGCAAUUAGAUGGUCGAUCAGUACACGUUAUUAUAUAUUGGUACUGAUAUAGCAUCCUGUUCCUGUGACAUUGAAUAAGAUUUUAUGCAAAGUUUUUAACAAAUCUGAAACAAUUUCGGUUUGGCCAGGAGAUGACAUUCACGUUGUUUUGUUAAAGAUAAUCCUGACCAAGUCGAGCAAUAAUGGCCAGGCGUUGUCAUGUUGAAAGGUAAUGCCUGGGACAUGACGACGCAAAAACGGUAGAAGAACAGGGCCGAUGAUCUCGUCGCGGUAGAGCUGUUCAUUGAGAUUUCCCUCUACCUCUAUCAAACGGGU